CCAUGUCUGUGCUCCCGCAGGAGCUGGAGUGGGACAUGGAAUCCCAGGAGCUGGCUCUGGAGCAGCCGCUGCCCGCCGCCGAGCAGGGCCCCGCCGGGGAGGCCGAGCUACCGGCCGCCGAGAUCUCCCUGACGCUGGUCACCGAGAUCCAGGCCGUGGAUAGGAAAGUGGACGCCCAGGCCGCCCAGCUGAUGAACCUAGAAGGGAGGAUGAGGAUGGCGGAAACCAAGCUGAUCGGUUGUGAGAAGACGGCGGUGGAGUUCGGGAACCAGCUGGAGAGCAAGUGGACCGCGCUGGGCACCCUCAUCCAGGAGUACGGGCAGCUGCAGAAGAGGCUGGAGAACAUGGAGAACCUCCUGAAGAACAGGAACUUCUGGAUCCUGCGCCUGCCCCCCGGGGCGAAGGGGGAAGUCCCCAAGGUCCCUGUGGCAUUCAACGAUGCAUCGUUUAACUUCUCUGAGGAGGAGUGGAAGAGCUUGAACGAGUGGCAGAAGGAGCUUUACAGGCACAUCAUGAAAGGCAACUACGAGGCCGUCAUCUCGAUGGAUGCUGCCAUUUCGAAGCCCGACCUCCUGUCACGCAUCGAGCAAGGAGAGGAUCCCAACGCAGAGGACCAGGAGGACUCUGAGGGAGGAGAAACCCCUACGGACCCCAGCACUGAGUUUUCAUUUCUUGGUCCUGACGACAGCUCGUGGAGUAAAUACGAAGAGACUCUGGCUGAAAGCCACGAGGGCUCUGACGAAGAGGAGGGCAUGGAGGUCCCUAGUACAUAUGAACAGCAGUGUGAUGAGGAAGGUUCCGAAAGCCUUGAGCUUCCUAGCUCCUUGACAGGAAAGUGGGAGGAGGUUUUCUCAAGCCCAGAGGAAGAGAUGAAGCCGAGCGGCAAGAGCCGGGGCGGGUCAACCCCACAGCAGAGAACCUCAACGGGCAAUGGGCUGAGGCGUUCUGCUCGCCGUGGGAGAGACUUGGCCAAGAAAGACGCCCCCGAGGAUGCAGCUGCGGUGGAGGGGCCCUACAUCUGCUGCGAGUGCGGGGAGAGCUUCCUCGACAAGGAGCUCUUUGCCGCCCAUCAGAAGGCACAUGCCAGCGAGGAAGCCUGCACUUCCCUGGAGCAGGCAGAGAGCUUCCGGCAGAAAUCCAAAACGACGCCUCCAAAAGGCCAAGGGUCUUCCCGUUCCAAACCGUCCAAGCGGCCCGACGGGGAGAAGAGCCCCAGUUUCAAGUAUGGCUUUGUCAGGCACCAGGUGAACAACAUGGUGGAGAGACCCUACACGUGCUCCCAGUGCAAGGAGAGCUUCAGCCUGGAAGUGAGCCUCAUCUUGCACCAGAAGCUCCAUACAGGGAAGGGUGACGGGCCGCUGACGUGCACCUACUGCGGGAAGGACUUCCGAGACCUCUCCAAAGCCAUCCGCCAUCAGCGCAUCCACACCGGGGAGAGGCCCUACCAGUGCACCGAGUGCGGGAAGAGCUUCAUCCGGCGGGACCACCUGCUCAAGCACUGGCGGGUCCACACCGGGGAGACUCCCUACCAGUGUCCCGUCUGCGGGAAGCACUUCCGCUACAAAGAAUCUCUGAAUUGCCACCAGAAAAUCCACUCCCGCAACCCCCGGCCCAUGGAGGAUUCGCAGCACAACCUGGAGUCGGCCACUCAAACCAGCCAUUUCUGUGUGAAAAAAGAAACUAAGCAGUACCUGCUCGACCUCGAGGGUCGGACGGGGAUGGCGGAGAAGAAGCUGAUCGACUGUGAAAAGACGGCGGCGGAGCUGGGGAACCAGCUGGAGAGCAAGUGUGCAGCGCUGGGCACCCUCAUCCAGGAGUACGGGCUGCUCCAGCGGCGCCUGGAGAACAUGGAGAACCUCCUGAAGAACAGGAACUUCUGGAUCCUGCGCCUGCCGCCGGGCAGGAAGGGGGAAGUCCCCAAGGUGCCGGUGACGUUUGAUGACGUGUCCGUCUAUUUCAACGACAAGGAAUGGGAGAAGCUGGAGGAGUGGCAGAAGGAGCUCUACAAGAAUGUGAUGAAGGGGAACUACGAGUCGCUGAUCUCCCUGGACUAUGCAAUUUCCAAACCCGGUGUUUUGUCUCAGAUCGAGCAAGGAGAGGAAUCGCGGGUCAGGAAUGAGCAGGACUUAGAGGAGAGCGAGAUCAUGACUGAUGCCACCGCAGCUGGCAUAAGGGUUGUGAUCAAAACAGAGGAGCUCCUUCCUGAAGACAGCCCCGAAAACCCCGAGCUGCACGGGAUGUCGGGGCAGUCGGAGGGGAGCUUCCAGAGUCCGGACGAGGAGGCAGCCUGCGAGAGUCCCUACGGCUCCGUCUCCCCUCCGAGGGACCUGCCAGGAACCAGCCUGGGUGACUCGUCCGAAUACGUAGCUGACUUCAACGAGAUCCAGAGAGUCAUCGUUCACCACGGGAGCUGCACAGAGGACGGGAUUGUGAUCAAGACAGAAGAGGAGGAGGAGGAGGAGGACGACCCCGACACCCUGGAGCCGUGCGCCAUGUUCUCGGGCAGGACCGAGCCGCCAGCGUUCCCUAGCCAUGAGGCCGGGCUGGGCUGCGAGGCGCAGUGCAGCUCCAAAACGCAGCCCAGGAGCCUGGCGGCCGCCCGCGUGGGGAAGCCCCCCGCCUGCGAGAGGGACUCCGGGGAGAUGAAGCCAGCCAUUGCCCAGCAGCGGAACCGGACGAGGGAGAGACCCUACAUCUGCCCCGAGUGCGGGAAGAGCUUCAUGCUCAAGAUCAACUUCAUGAUCCACCAGCGCAACCACCUCAAGGAAGGGCCCUAUGAGUGCCACGACUGCGACCUCAGCUUCCGCAACAAGCAGCAGUUCCUGCUGCACCAACGCAGCCACACGCGCCGGGGCGUGGGGGUCCCCCGACGCCCUGAGCACGGCCUCAAGCCCCAGGCACGGCCCCCACCUCCGGGGAAGCCCUACAAAUGCUCUGAGUGUGAGAGCAGCUUCAGCCACAAGUCGAGCCUCAGCAAACACCAGAUCACCCAUGUCGGGGAGAGGCCCUUCACCUGCAGCGAGUGCCGGCGGAGCUUCCGCCUGCAGAUCAGCCUCAUCAUGCACCAGAGGAUUCAUGCUGGCAAGAGCGAGAUGGCCUUCCUCUGCCCCCAGUGCGGGAAGAACUUCACCCGGCCCUCCCACCUCCUGCGGCACCAGCGGACUCACACCGGCGAGCGGCCCUACCAAUGCAGCCAGUGCGAGAAGACCUUCAGCGAGAAGUCCAAGCUCACCAACCAUUACCGCAUCCACACCCGGGAGCGCCCGCACGCCUGCGCCGUCUGCGGGAAGGGUUUUAUCCGCAAGCACCAUCUCCUGGAGCACCAACGCAUCCACACGGGCGAGCGGCCCUACCACUGCAGCGAGUGCGGCAAGAACUUCACGCAGAAGCAUCACCUCCUGGAGCACCAGCGGGCGCACACCGGCGAGCGGCCCUACCCCUGCACCGAGUGCACCAAGUGCUUCCGCUACAAGCAGUCCCUCAAGUACCACCUGAGGACGCACAUGGGAGAGUGAGGGGCUGCCGACGGCUUCCUCUCCCUCCCCUCCCUCUCUCCCUCCAUCCAUCCCUCCAGCCCUCCUCUUCCUCCUCCUCCUCCUCCUCUGCUCAUCUCUCCCUCCCCUCCCUCCAUCUCCCCCCCACCCCCGGCUCAGGGCAUGGACAUCAAGGAAGCUUUGUGUGGUAGCGCCGCUGGUCUGGUGGAGACAGCUAGGCUGAUUGGAAAUAAAUUAAUUAAUUAAAGCAAGCAAUGCGCGGCAAAAUUAAAAGAUUAUAUAUAAAUAAAAUUAACAGCAGCAGCUGAUUUAGGGGGAAUCCUCACCGUCAGAAAAAAGCAAACAAAACAACAACAAAAGAAACCUGUGCAGGGUGUUUUGCCGGAGUAGGACUCUUAACUGCUUUUUAAAUCUACUGUUUGGUUUUUUUUAAUAAAUGUGGAGGAACUUUUUAUUUCAUAAGCAAACCCAGGAUC